AUGACUUCCUCACUUGAAGAAGACGACGCUAUGUCAGAUUUGUCAGAUAUGCCUGAAGAGUAUGAAGGAGUCUCCCAGCUGCCAGAACCGAUGUGGGAGUCGCCUGAAGAAACCUCCGAAUUACUGUCCCCGGCCGCUACGGCGCUUGAGGAAGAGUUCAAUGACCCACAACGAAUUCGCCCUAUCACACUGGAAAACCCAACCACCGCAUUCUGGGCCCUAUGCUGGUUCGCAGACCUCCAAAUGCUUCGUAAUUUCCUCGACCUGGGCGAUGCACUUAUGUUUAAGAUCGUCUGUGCGAACAAUCGGAGAUCCGUUCUUUCUUGGAUCGGCCGGGCCCACGCCCCCAAGCGGAAGCGCAGCCAUGAUGACAUGGAAGAUAAAGAAACAGAAAGUGAAGAAGAGAAGUGCGGCAAUCGAGACUUAAAGAAGUGCGUCCUUACGGGUGACGCAAUUGCCCCCGACAUCGCUUACAUAUAUUCGUAUGCCCUCAAUGCCGAUAUGUCUUUGCGUUGCGAAGUUUGGGAUCUCCUUGAACUGUUCUGGACCCCAGAGAAGAAAGUAGCCUGGUUGGCAGGAAUACUUGGUCCAAACGGCACCGAGCAGUGCUUGAACAUGUUGUCAUUAUCUCCGAUCGUCUAUCGGUACUGGAGCGAGGCACGAUUUGCAUUGAAGCCGGUCGGGCUAUCGGAUACGCACACUCUUCUUGUUCAAAUAUAUUGGCUGAAGGUUAAUCCGACCCCUAACACAACAACACGACUGCUGUUGCGUCCUUCCCUCGCUUGCGAGGGCGGCCUGGCCGGUCCUGGUCUAGGUUUAUAUAGUCAUAAACUUGGCCGGCUCCUUGUUUCGGGCGAUGUCAUCGCCAUCAAGACUUCUGACCCGGAGAAGCUCCCCCUCCCUUCCAUUGAAAUUCUUACUUUGCAAUGGAAUCUUCUUCGCGUCGCAGCACUUUGUACUGGAGGAGAGGAAGAUGAGGAUGAAAUGAGUGACAUCGAUGAUGAUGGGGAUGAAAUGAGUGACAGCGACGAUGGUACUUUGUUCCCUGUCCCGGCCAAAGAAGAAGUGGUGGAGGAGGAGCCAUUCGUUUUGAUAGAAAAGUUGAGCCUGGUAGACAGGCCUCAGGAUCUCGGUACGUCACCGGAGAAUGUGUGGUCAUAG